GUUUGCACGGGUGCAGCUUGGUUGUGGUGCUAGAAGGGGAAACAUCUGGGCUGCACUGGCUCAGAGACAGUCCCUGUACACGGGUCAGUGGAAUUCAACCCACAGGGAUAAAUGACCGCAGGGGAAACCAGCUGCAUCCGCAGCCCAGCAGAGGUUCCACCGCGCAGCCGCAGAAGGCGCCGAGGAGCUAAUGCGCAGCCGCAGAAGGAGCGGACGGGUCUGCGCAGCCGCAGGAGAAGCUGGCGGUAUCUGGAAGAGUUCGUUCCCGGCUGUUCGCGGGCAGCCUCAGGAGGCUGGGCCCGGGCGGGUCUUGUCCCUGCACCUCUCAACCGGGCGCGGGAGGCUGGCUCCGCUGCGCUGGCCUCGAGGCGCCAGCCCUCCUCCCCUAAGCCGCCGCCAUCAUGGUGCCCGUGUUCACCCUGAAACUGCGCCACAAAAUCAGCCCCCGCAUGGUGGCCAUAGGGCGCUACGACGGGACUCACCCGUGUCUGGCGGCCGCCACCCAAGCGGGCAAGGUUUUUAUUCACAAUCCUCAUACACGGAACCAGCAUUUCAGUGCAUCCAGGGUCUUCCAGAGUCCCCUGGAAUCUGAUGUUUCUCUUCUCAAUAUUAACCAGGCAGUCAGCUGCCUGACUGCAGGCGUAUUGAACCCUGAGCUUGGCUGUGAUACUCUUUUAGUGGGGACACAGACUAAUCUUUUGGCUUAUGAUGUCUACAAUAAUUCGGAUUUGUUCUACAGAGAGGUAGCAGAUGGGGCAAAUGCAAUUGUGCUGGGGACCUUGGGAGACAUUUCUUCCCCUCUUGCGAUUAUUGGUGGCAAUUGUGCUCUGCAGGGUUUCAAUCAUGAAGGAAGCGAUCUCUUUUGGACGGUUACUGGAGACAAUGUUCAUUCCUUGGCCUUGUGUGACUUUGACGGUGAUGGAAAGAAAGAGCUUCUUGUUGGAUCUGAGGAUUUUGACAUCCGAGUUUUUAAGGAAGAUGAGAUUGUGGCAGAAAUGACAGAAACAGAGGUAGUCACCUCUCUUUGUCCCAUGUAUGGCAGUCGAUUUGGUUAUGCCCUUUCUAAUGGCACAGUUGGAGUUUAUGAAAAAACAGCCCGAUACUGGAGAAUUAAAUCAAAAAAUCAUGCCAUGAGCAUUCAUGCUUUUGACCUUAAUUCUGAUGGAGUGAAUGAACUGAUAACUGGUUGGUCCAAUGGGAAGGUUGAUGCUCGAAGUGACCGAACUGGGGAAGUCAUCUUUAAGGACAAUUUUUCUUCUGCAAUUGCUGGUGUGGUAGAAGGAGAUUACCGGAUGGAUGGCCAUAUACAGUUAAUCUGCUGCUCAGUGGAUGGGGAAAUCCGGGGCUACCUGCCUGGCAUGGCUGAGAUGAGGGGAAACCUCAUGGACACCAGUGUAGAGCAGGACCUAAUCCGAGAGCUAAGUCAGAAGAAGCAGAAUCUGUUGCUGGAACUCCGUAACUAUGAGGAAAACACCAAGGUAGGUCCUAAUGUGACAGGGCCCAGUAGUGGCUUUAUUUUCUGGGCCUUGCACUUUGAAGCAACAUUUUAUAAAAAACAGUUCUCUUGUGUUUCAUCUAUUGGCCAUAGCACCCAGUUUCAUGUAUUUGAAUUGACAAGACAGCUCCCUCGAUUCUCCAUGUAUGCACUGACCAGCCUGGACUCUGCCAGUGAGCCAGUCAGUUAUGUUAACUUUACCAUUGCAGAACGGGCACAGAGGGUUGUUGUAUGGCUCAGUCAGAACUUUCUGUUACCAGAAGACACUCACUUUCAGAAUGCUCCAUUUCAAGUGUGUUUCACUUCUUUACGGAAUGGUGGCCAUCUGUAUAUAAAAAUAAAACUUAAUGGAGAGAUCACUAUAAAUACUGAUGAUAUUGAUUUGGCUGGUGAUAUCAUCCAGUCAAUGGCAUCAUUUUUUGCUAUUGAAGACCUUCAAGUAGAAGCGGAUUUUCCUGUCUACUUUGAGGAAUUAAGAAAGGUGCUAGUGAAGGUGGAUGAACAUCAUUCAGUGCAUCAGAAGCUCAGUGCUGACAUGGCUGACCAUUCUAAUCUGAUCCGAAGUUUGCUGGUCAGAGCUGAGGAUGCUCGUCUGAUGAGGGACAUGAAAACAAUGAAGAGUCGUUAUAUGGAACUCUAUGACCUUAAUAGAGACUUGCUAAAUGGUUAUAAAAUUCGCUGUAACAAUCACACAGAACUGUUGGGAAACCUCAAAGCAGUAAAUCAAGCAAUUCAAAGAGCAGGUCGUCUGCGGGUUGGAAAACCAAAGAACCAGGUGAUCACUGCUUGUCGGGAUGCAAUUCGAAGCAAUAACAUCAACACACUGUUCAGAAUCAUGCGAGGUGGGACAGCUUCUUCAUAGGAGAGGAAAAUACAGGUCAUGAAGUUCCUGGAAAAGUUUUUCUGUUAAAAAUCUAUGCUGGUUUACUUUGGGUCACACCCUUGUGAACCCAGGGUGCUCAGUAUGAAAAUAACCUUGGUGAGUUGUGCAAGUUAAAGACAAAGAACUACAUUUGAAGAUAUAUUCGCUUGCUAUUUUUAAAUCAGUAGUACUGUUCCUGAAUGAUACUAGGUUUGUAUGGAAUAGGAUGAAUGCUUUUGAAGUAUUAGGGCUUCAAAGUCCAAUUUUUGCUUAUUUAUGGCAUAUUAAUACAUCUUUUUUUCUUGAAAUUGUAAUUUGUAUUUUUCAAAUUAUCUACUUCUUCAUUAAAUGUAAAGAUGUUAAA